UUGCCCCCGAUCUCGCGCAUGCGUGACUCCGGUGGCCCGAGAAGUUCGUAGCCUUUGUCAGGCCCGUGGUAGGAGGUGCCAGGCUCGCAGGGCCGAACCGGUUCGGGACGGAACGAAGCCUUUUGGAGGAGCCCCGAGAGGGGAGACGGGAAGAAGGAACGCGGGGCCUCGGGGCUUCCACGCUUCUGCCCUGAGAGGUCGGCCCUGGGGGAAGAGCAGAACCUUCGCGGCCAGGAGGAGGUGGUAACCAUGGAGACCGAAAUGCCCGGGAAGAGAGCUCUGUCUUCCCAGGAUUCUCCAUUUUCCCAAGAGAAGAGCACAGAAGAGGGAGAAGUGGCAGCCCUUCGCCUCACUGCCAGAUCCCAGGCAUCAAUGACGUUCAAGGACGUGGCCAUGGACUUUACGCCAGAGGAGUGGGGGGAGCUGGACCCUGCGCAGAGGGCCGUGAUGCUGGAGAACUACAGGAACCUGGCCUCGCUCUGGCUUCCAGUUUCCAAACCUGAGAACUACAGUUUGAAGAAUGGAAAAGAACCUUCGAUGCUUGAGAGAAAAGUCCCCAAAAGCAGCUGCUCAGACUUGGAGACAAGACCUGAGAGCAAAGAUUCAACUUCAGUGCAAGACUUUUCUAAAGAAGAAUCAGGCCAGGUUGGAGUAAAAGAUAGGCUGACAAGGCAUGCUGUCUGUGACUCCAACUUGGGGACAACUCUUGAAUGUAAGAAUUGGUUAGAGAAUCAGCAAGAAAAUCAGGAGAGACACUUGAGAGAAAUGUUCACCCACAUGAACUCACUCCCAGCAGAGAGGACUCACGAGCGUGGUGUUUACUGGGAAAGUUUGAGUCAGAAAUCAAUCCUUCUUACUCAAGACAGAGGUCCUAAGGGAUCAUAUGCCUUUCAUACUCUUGAAAAAAGAUUGAAACAGAAGUCAACCUUAAUGAAAAAGCAGAGGACAUAUAAAGAGAAAAAACCUCAUAAAUGCAAUGAUUGUGGUGAACUUUUCACUUACCAUUCAGUGCUCAUUCGACACCAGAGGGUCCAUACUGGGGAAAAACCCUACAGCUGCAGUGAGUGUGGGAAAUCUUUCAGCCACAGGGCUAAUUUAACUAAACAUCAGAGAACUCAUACUAGAAUCCUCUUUGAAUGCAGUGAAUGCAAGAAAGCCUUCACAGAAAGUGCAUCCCUUGCAAUACAUCAGAGGAUUCACAUUGGAGAGAGACCCUAUGAGUGCAGCGAGUGUGGGAAAGGUUUUAAUCGAAGCACACACCUCGUGCAGCACCAGCUGAUUCAUACAGGAGUAAAGCCUUAUGAGUGUAAUGAGUGUGAUAAAGCCUUCAUUCAUUCGUCAGCACUCAUUAAACAUCAAAGAACUCACACUGGAGAGAAACCAUAUAAGUGUCAGGAAUGUGGGAAAGCCUUCAGCCAUUGCUCAUCCCUUACUAAACAUCAGAGAGUUCAUACUGGAGAAAAACCAUAUGAAUGUAGUGAAUGUGGGAAAACCUUUAGUCAGAGCACACAUCUUGUUCAACAUCAGAGAAUUCACACCGGAGAGAAACCCUACGAGUGUAAUGAAUGUGGGAAAACCUUCAGCCGGAGCUCAAAUUUUGCUAAACAUCAAAGAAUUCAUAUAGGAAAGAAGCCGUACAAAUGUAAUGAAUGUGGGAAAGCCUUCAUUCAUUCAUCAGCUCUUAUCCAGCACCAGAGAACUCAUACUGGAGAGAAACCCUAUAGGUGUAAUGAAUGUGGGAAAAGCUUUAAGUGCAGUUCAUCUCUUAUCAGACAUCAAAAGAUUCACACUGAAGAGCAGCCCUGAAAAAUCACUGAGUGUGAAGAAAUGGUCCCCGUCAAGAAGAACUGAAGCAGCCAUGAGGCACAAAGAACACCUUCGAGUUGCAUACGGGAAUAGUCAUGGGACAGUGACUCCUAGAAGACAAGCAGCUUCCCCCCCCCCCCGGAAGAAGUUGCCAUUUCUCAGCCUCAUGUUGACCCACAUUUGUUGUUGUUCUUCUGUAUGUUGGUUGGUCUUUGCUGUAUCCCAGAGCCCCAAAGAAAGUAGAAAAGGCAUGAAGCCACAGUGAUCUAUGGACAUAAGUUAUGUGGCUAGCCAAAGACCCAUGUAGUGGGAUUGGGAACAAAAGCAAAAGUUCCAAUAAAUAUUUAGCAAAACACUA